AUGAUUGGCACGGCGGCUACCAUGAGCAACAUUGCGGAGGAGCUGGUCCAUCGACCCCAUAUGUCGCACUUGGGUGUGGCAAAGCACCCGGGGUCUAAUCACUUGCUGCCCCCGGUGUGCCGUGCAUGGGGCCAGAUUAUGGGCUUAACGGGGUCCACUUGGCCAACGGGGGGGCCAUCACGCCGUACCAUGCAGAAACUAAUAGGCUUGAAUAAACUUGAGUGGGCCCCGAUUAGCCAAGCAAUUGACGUCUACAAUGGGUCCUUUCAGCAUGCAGGGGCCACCAAUUCCAGAUCUCGGAAUUUUCAUCAAAUGGACCCCAAUCAACGUGGCCCCAAGUAA